UUAUCAUCAGUUGUCGCGAGUGACAAGUUUAGAAUGAUUCUUACUUAAACAUGGGGACUACUAUUAAAGAAUCAGAAAAACAUGUGGAUGGUAGCAGCAUGGGGGACCACUUCUAUGAUCCGAUGGCGGUUACAUGGAUGGAAAAAUACAGUGACACAAUGGAAAAGAUCUGGACCAAGUUGCCUAACUACAUGGGCUCUAUAAUAGUGGCUUUGGCUGUAUUUACAUUGGGUGCUACAAUUAGAGGAGAAUGGCUGCUUAUCUUGGUUCAUUUUGUGAAAUACCUGGAAUACAACAAAGCAGACGGAAAUGGCAAUGCGACGUUCAGUCUGUCAGACAUCAGUCUCGAAAAACUUUACCUGAAGGAUCUGCAAUACUUCUGGUUCAGUGUGUCAGUCACGGCUUACGCCAUGUACUUCUUGAUGGGCGGCUUUCUGCACUGGUAUUACUACGUAAAGCAGAGAGAUAAUGCGGAAGAAUGGAAGUGUCAGCCUCACAAAUGGCUACCCCCAGACCUGGAGCGCCAUGAGAUCAUAUUGGGAUCCUUGAGUCUUCUCAUCUCCAACACGGUCACUGCAAUCAUCGCAUGUUACAUCAACAAUGGUGGCUGGUGUACAGUCUACUAUAAGUUCGAUGAGUAUACGUGGAUUUGGUGGUUUCUUCAAUUUCCAGUCAUAUUCAUUUACCAGGACUACAUGACGUACUGGUUGCACCGAAUGUAUCAUACGCCGUUCUUGUACAAGCAUUUUCACAAACUGCAUCACAAAUACAAACAGCCCACGGCAUUCUCUACGACCGCCAUUCACCCAGUGGAGCUUGUGCACAUACAACUAAUCUUGGCCUCCCCUCUCUUUGUCAUACCUGUUCACUUCAUACCCUUUUACAUUAUAAUGAUGUAUACAUAUUACCACGGAAUUAUCGACCACUCCGGUAUUAACUUCAAAGCCUACUGGUGGCAGCCAUGGCAGCCAGGCGCCAUAUUUCACGAUAAUCAUCACCAAUAUUUCCAUGUCAACUUUGCCUUCAACUGCUUUAUUUGGGACAAGCUGCACGGAACCUACAGAAGAAAGGACCGCAUUUACACCGAAGAAAUAUACUACGGGCGUGGGAAAGAAUUGCGUGAAGCAACCGAAGAAGAAAUCAAAAAUGAUUUGCAGGAAAGAGAAUCGGAAAAUCCUUUGGCCUAUAACAGCAAUAAGAACGAAUUCAAACUCACCAAAGAUGAUCUCAAGAAACAUAGAUAAAUACGGAUGUAAAAGACAAGAUAAAAUUUGAAUAUCCGUGUACAAAAUAAAAAGAAGAGUGUGCCACAUAUUCUAGCAUAAGUCAUCCUUUCAGAAUUGUUGAAAGCACAGUUGUUACUCAUCUCAUAAUCGUUCUUUUAACACAAAAAAUGUUUUAAAAGUAAUAUUAAUUUUAAUCUGUAGCAAAAAAUAUGAGACUCACAGUUUCGAACGUGUUUGAUAAUCAGGGAACUAUAUUAAAAUUGCUUUUAGAGGAAUAAAAUUACGCUAGCGUA